CUACCUCUUAUUCAAGAAAUCCUAAACCGGUUAUUAUUAGUAAAGAUCUUUACAAAAUUAAAAUUAAAGGAUAUAUACUAUAAAAUUCGGAUUCGGGAAAGAAACGAAGAAAAGACGGCGUUCUAUAUAAAGUAUAAGUACUAUAAAUUUUUAAUUAUAUUAAUAGGGUUAGUAAAUAUACCGGCGAUAUUUCAAAUAUAUAUUUAUAAUACAUCAGUAGGGUUAAUAAAUAUUAUAUAUAUUAUUUACAUUAAUAAUAUC